GAUCUAAGGUAAAUAUUCAUUAGUGAUCAUGCUUAUUUCGUGUCGGUAAAUCUGUUAGUCCUCAGCUACGUGUUGUGGCUCAUCGUGUCCAUAGCUGCCUUCAAACUUGUCCUAGCAGGAACAUUGCCUGGUGCACUGUUGUAGCAACGAUCACAGCAUGCAGACUCUAGUGACGGUUUUUUGGACAGCAACAAUCCUUCUGGAGGUCAAGACUCAAGAAGAUGAACUGUGGGAUCCUUGGGCAGAUAACUGCGAAUCCAUGGUCCCCUGUAACCUGACUGAACCCCAGACCGACCCCAUGCCCUACAUAGUUACUCUCAACAGACCAUACAUCAACAGCGAUCAGGCGGUGUCCGUCUAUAUAAGAGCACUACCUCCACUCAGUUUCCAGGGGUUCAUGAUUCAGGCUCGGGACGACAAGACCGGUCAAGCUGUCGGAGAGUUUGACACAGACAACAGGAAGGUCAGCGUUAUAAAUUGCUUCGGCAGGCCAGAUAGCACAGCCAUGCACGCUGACGAUUCCCCCAAGACGGAGGUGACGGCCAGAUGGGCGCCCGAGGAUGACAAUGACGCUAACCGUCACAUUUUAGUGAGUACAUCACAUGUGUGUAUCCGCAUGAUAGGAGGAAGUUCAUGCAUUUCUUUGAGGAAUGUGGAGAAUGUGAUGGAUUAUCCUAACUUCUUGGAAUACUUUCUCGCCAAGUUAGUUACUAGUUUCUUCUCUGUUCACUCUAGUGUUAAGCUGCUGCCUUGUUCCACCUACAACGUGUUGAUCUCACAGUAUGAGCCUCUUAAUGACUAA